UCUCUGAGAAAUAUAUGUACAGUAUAUAUACACUAUAUUGCCAAAAGUAUUGGGACAUCCCUCCAAAUCAUUGGAUUCAGGUGUUCCAAUCACCUCCAUGGCCACAGGUGUAUACAAUCAAGCACCUAGACAUGCAGACUGCUUCUACAAACAUUCUUGAAAGAAUGGGUCGCUCUCAGGAGCUCAGUGAAUUCAAGUGUGGUGCUGUGAUAGGUUGCUACCUGUGCAAUAAGUCCAUCAGUUAAAUUUCCUUUCUACUAAAUAUUCCACGGUCAACUGUUAGUGGCAUUAUAGCAAAAUGGAAGCAACUGAGAACAACAGCAACUCAGCCAUGAAGUGGUAGGCCAUGUAAAAUGACAAAGCGGGGUCAGCGCAUGCUGAAACGCACAGUGCGCAGAAGUCGCCAACUGUCUGCA